CCUCUUUUACGCUUUUUGUCAACUGUGGAAUUCACGCGCUGCUCCUCCGCUUCCUCUUGUUAUUUUGAUUCUUUCUUUCCCGUGUUUCCAUUUCUGCCAUCUUCAUUGAACACAAGGCAUCUCUAUUUGUCGAUUUAUUGUUGAAAUUUAUGUCGUUUCUUUGUUAAUAAAACUAUCCCCUUUCGGCUUUGGGUGGUUGUUGAAAUCUCUUGAAGAAUCCCUCUUUUCCUUUGCUUUCUUGGUUCUUUGGCAAUGGUAUACCUGAGGAGAGGUUGGGCGAUGAAAUCUGGUUUUAUUUGGAGACUUUUGUUCGCUGAUCAAUAAUGGCUCAAGGCAGAAGAUAUCUCCCCAAUCAGCAAUUAGACCUUCAACAGAUAUUGCAGGAAGCACAACAUCGUUGGCUUCGUCCUGUUGAAGUUUGUGAAAUACUUGGCAACUACACCAAGUUUCGUUUAUCAGACAAGCCACCUUCUAGGCCUUCAGCUGGAUCUUUGUACCUGUUUGACCGGAAAACAAUUCGGUACUUUCGUAAAGAUGGUCAUGAUUGGAGGAAAAAGAAGGAUGGAAAAACUGUCAGAGAAGCUCAUGAAAAGUUGAAGAUUGGAAGUGUGGAUGUUCUUCACUGUUACUAUGCACAUGGUCAGUUUAAUGAGAAUUUUCAGCGACGUUGCUACUGGAUGCUUGAUGGGCAGUUCGAGCAUAUUGUUUUUGUUCAUUACAGAGAAGUAAAAGAGGGGUACAGGUCUGGAAUCUCCUGUUUACUAGCGGAUCCAGGAUCACUGAGUGAAAGCCUGCAAACUGGUUCAACUCCUUCCCCAGCACAUGAAAAUUCACCUGCUGCUACUAUUCAGGUAUCUCCCGCAUCAACCAGCAAAAUUGGUUGGAACAGGAAAACAUUAUCUUCCGAAUUUGAGGAUGUUGACUCUGGGGAUGAUCCAAGUUCCGAUGCUCCUGACCAACCCAUAUAUGGUUCCAAGUCUUGUACUGCUUCAGUGGAGCCUGAAGUUGCUGGUUUUCCAGAAUCAGGGAGGAAUCCUCCUGGUUCAUGGCUUGGAGAAUCUAAUUUUAAUCACAACACUGUGUAUGGGUCAUCUUUCUGGCCUGGCAGCCAUCACUUGGCCACCAAUAACAUUAGUAUGCUAGAUCAUAAGCUCUAUGUUGAACAGCCUACGACAUCUGACUUUAUAAUUAAGGAAGCACAGGUGAGACUGCAUGAUGUCUCAGAUGCUGUAACAUGUGGAGAUAAGUUAAUCAAUGAUGGAGAUGUCCAAGCAGUUGGAGAAUAUCCGGAGAAACUAAUCCAGGAGCUACAGGGGCAUGAUUUCAAUUUCAUAGGUUUGCAGUCUCAGAAUUAUUCUGGUCCUCAAAAGGUAGUCUCCACUUCCAUGCAAAAUGAGAAGGAACCCAAAGGCAUUGAUAAAAAUAAUGAUGAACCAGGAGAGCUGAAAAAACUUGAUAGCUUUGGAAGAUGGAUGGAUAAAGAAAUUGGUGGAGAUUGUGAUGAUUCCUUGAUGGCUUCUGACUCUGCCAAUUAUUGGAGUACACUUAACACUGAGACUGAUGACAAGGAAGUAUCCAGUUUAUCACGCCAUAUGCAGUUGGAUAUUGAUUCCUUGGGUCCUUCUCUUUCUCAGGAACAGUUAUUUAGCAUUGUUGAUUUCUCACCUGACUGGGCAUAUUCAGGUGUUGGAACAAAGGUUUUACUUGUCGGAAAUUUCUUGAAAAACAAGGAGCUUCCUAGUGCUGCCAAAUGGGGCUGUAUGUUUGGUGAAAUUGAAGUUUCUGCUGAGGUUUUGACUAAAAAUGUUAUCCGUUGUCAAGUUCCUUCUCAUGUGCCUGGACGUGUUCCAUUUUAUAUCACCUGCAGCAACAGAUUGGCGUGCAGUGAGGUAAGAGAGUUUGAAUAUCGUGAAAAGCCACCUGGAUUUUCAUUUUUUACAGCUGUUAAAUGUACAGCACAAGAGGAAAUGCACUUGCAAGUUUGUUUGGCAAAAUUGUUACAUACUGGCCCAGGGAGAAAGUGGUUGGAUUGUUCUGUUGAGGAGUGUGAUAAAUGUAAGCUGAAAAGUAGCAUAUGUUCGAUGGGAGAAGCAAGUGCAAAUGAUUGUAUACAAUCUAAAGAGGGUUUGAUUCUGAAUUUGCUAAAACAAAAACUUUCUCAGUGGCUGAUACAGAAAGUCCAUGAAGAUGGCAAAGGUCCACUGAUUCUGGAUGACAAAGGUCAUGGAGUUAUACAUUUGGCUGCUUCUCUUGGUUAUGAGUGGGCAAUGAACCCUAUAGUUGCUGCAGGCAUAAGUCCUAAUUUUAGAGAUGCAAAAGGUAGAACGGCGCUUCACUGGGCAUCAUAUUUUGGAAGAGAAGAGACUGUCAUUGCACUUAUUAAGCUAGGUGCUUCUCCUGGUGCUGUUGAUGAUCCUACACCAAAUUUCCCUGGUGGAAGAACGGCUGCUGACUUAGCAUCAAGUAGAGGGCACAAAGGAAUAGCAGGAUACCUGGCUGAAGCUAAUUUGACCACCCAUCUUUCUUCAUUGACCGUUAACCAAAAUGUGGUAGGCAAUGAUGCUGCAACUAAACCAGCACAAGAGGCCAUUGAGACUCCUUCUGAAGUUGCUCCGUCUAAUAGGACAUUAGAUGACAAUUGCUCAUUGAAAGGGUCCCUUGCUGCUGUUAGAAAAUCAGCUCAUGCAGCUGCUCUGAUCCAAGCUGCUUUUCGCACUCGCUCAGCCCAUUUCAGACAAUUAACUAAAGGCAAUGAUGAUAUGUCCGAAAUAUCACUUGAAUUAGGUAUUCUUGGGUCUUUGAACAGGCUUCAGAAGACAUGUCAUUUUGGAGACUAUUUGCACACUGCAGCUUCAAAGAUCCAACAGAAGUAUCGUGGCUGGAAAGGAAGGAAGGAAUUUUUGAAGAUACGAAAUCGGAUUGUGAAAAUCCAGGCCCAUGUGAGGGGACAUCAAGUUCGCAGACAAUACACAAAGCUUGUUUGGUCUGUCGGUUUAGUUGAAAAGAUAAUCCUACGAUGGAGGCGUAAAGGUGCUGGUCUACGAGGAUUUCGGGUGCAAACUGCAACCAAUAAGACAGUAGCAGGGAUUGAGAUAGAUGACGAAUACGAAUUUUUACAAGUUGGUCAACAACAAAAAGUUGAUGGGAUUGAGAAAGCUCUAGCAAGAGUGAAGUCCAUGGCUCGUGAUCAAGAAGCGCGUGAGCAAUACAUGAGGCUAACUACAAAAUUUGGGGAAUCAAAGGAUAGUGACUGAGGAAGCAGUGAUAGCAGCAAUGCGAUUGUCAAGUCGAAGAGAUAGCAUAGAAUUAGCAUUAGCAUAGCAUAGCAUAGCUACUCUUGGUCUUCAUCUUAUAUAGAUGGGAAUUGUAUAUCUUACUUUUAACUAAAGCAAAGUGUAUCAGGAUUUUUCUUUUAUUAAAAAGAAAUUAUUUCUACUCGAA